CACACACACGGUGUAUGUGAGCAAGACUCACAUACACUGACUGCUCGGUUGCGCAGUCAGUAUACUGAGGUCUGCUCAGAGAGAGAGAGAGAGAGAGAGAGGAAGAGAAGACAAGAGGCAGAGAACAGCCACUGGUUGCUUCUAGACACUCAAGCUCAAGAAGGGCACAGACAGCCUGACCUAUGUGUGGCUCCUCACAAGGCUUUACAGCCGCCUCUUCAUGUACCUCAAACAUGUUAACCUCAGAGAAGUCAGCUCAAACUGUGGGUGCCACUGCAGCGAUGCCAGGAAAACACGAUGUUGAUAUGACAUCAUGGAGCGAGGCAGACUUUGAGGAGAACUGCACUUACAUCGUGAAGGACCAACCUCUGGAAGGCGAGUCCGAAAACAAUUGCAAGACACGAGCUGAGAGAUCGUUGCCCAGGAACCUGGCCCUGAAACGCUGCCACGGCUCAGCAGAGGUGCUUGGGGUGAUGACUAAGGAGAUCAUUCCGAAGGGAACACGCUUUGGCCCUUUGGUGGGGGAGAGCUACACCAACGAAACUCUGCCGAAAGACGCAGACAGGAAGUACUUUUGGAGGGUCUUCUCAGAGGGGCGCUUACACCACAUUCUGGAUGGGCUGAAUGAAGAGCGGAGCAACUGGAUGCGUUACGUCAAUCCAGCAUGCUCUGUGGAAGAGCAGAACCUGGUUGCAUGCCAGAGUGGCUUGGACAUCUUUUUCUACACCACCAAACGACUUCAGCCAGGCCAGGAGCUUCUGGUGUGGUACUGCUCUGAGUUUGCCCAGCGUUGUAACUACCCUCCACUGGGACAGCUGGCUAUCGACAAAAACGAACAGAGUCCAGCGAAGAAGACAACAAGGAAACGAGGUCAUACGGUCUCUGAAAUCCUACAAGACGACCUCUCCAAAUCCCCUUCUACCUGCAUCAGACGUGUGGACAGUUUUUUGCCUCAGACAAAUGUCUCAGCAGAUUUUCCUUUAUGUCCCAGUGUUGUCUACCCACCUCAGCCUAUCUCCAAAUCUAUGCAUGCUAAUAGAUAUGCAUUUCUACCACCUCUGCCAUCCUGUAGCCCUCCAGCUGCCAAAAGGCCAGCACUAAGCAUUCCUGUCCCUACUAAUGUCCACUUUGCCUUUCAGCACAGUCAAGGCCCUCCCGUAGCAAAGCCUUACCAAGAUCCCUGUAUGCCCGAUAUUGCUAAUUCUACUCUAAUGCACGGCCCCUAUCUACUGCCCCACUACUCACUUGGCCUUCUACCUCAUUCAUAUCCAUUCUAUCGUGAACAACUGAAACCUCACUUGGCAGUCUCACCCCAUGUAUCGCCCUUUCACAACUAUGCACAUUUUCAAUCGCCUUUAACCAGUGGUUGCAAAGACUUGACACGUGCACUUUCUGAUUCCAAACCAGACCUCUUUCUUUCACCAAUCCGUGAGCACAGAGACAACAAGGACCUCAUAUCCAAAAGAAGAGCCUACCUCAGCAUACCCUCACACGACCUCAGAGAUUUCAAACACUCCCCUCCCACCAACGUUCACACAGACCUCGCUGUGCCUGCCACAUCCACCGCCUCAUCUAUGGUCACUAAAAUCCGUGAAGCACAGCCGUCUCUCACACCUGGAGGAUGCUCGCCGCAAGAGGGAAUGGCAGCCUCCUCAAACUGCCUCCCUUCCAAUUUUACCUCUGCCACUCAAAGUGAAGCUGAGGAUACAAUGGACCUAAGCAAGACAAAGCAAAGUGGGCAGACAAUUGGCUACAAGACCCUGUCUUACCCUCUGAUGAGGCAGAAUGGAAAGAUCCGAUAUGAAUGCAACAUCUGUGGAAAGGUCUUUGGGCAGCUGUCUAACCUUAAGGUUCAUCUGCGAGUACACAGCGGGGAGCGUCCCUUCAGGUGUCAGACCUGCAAUAAGAACUUCACGCAGCUAGCACACUUGCAGAAACACUACCUGGUUCACACAGGAGAAAAGCCCCAUGAAUGCAAGGUGUGCCACAAGCGAUUCAGCAGCACUAGUAACUUGAAGACCCACCAGCGGCUACACUCAGGUGAGAAGCCUUACCAUUGCAAGCUCUGCCCUGCUCGCUUUACUCAGUUCAUCCACCUCAAACUCCACAAGCGCCUCCACACUGGCGAGCGACCACACCGCUGUCCUCACUGCCCCUGUUCCUAUCUCCAUUACUGCAGCCUCCAAGUGCACCUCCAAGGCUUCUGCCCACUCUUGCCCCUGGCCUCACACAGAUACUCGUCAGAGGAGCUAUGUCGAGUUAACUCUGAGAUUGAGAGGUUUGACAUGAGUGAGGCGGCAGAGGAGCUUGAAGCCAUGGCUGCAGAGGUUGAUAUGGACAAGGGGAAUGUUACCGACCUAAUACAGAAGAUAGAGACCCGUGUCUCGGGCCACCGGGAUGCUGACAGAGGGGAGGCUGAGAGAACCAACUACAAAUCAGCAAAAGAGCGCUCGGGUGUUCAGCUGCAUCACAGCAGUCCUGUACCUCUUCAUCCAGCCAGCAUCAAGCUGGAGUCAAGCUGCAUAUCAGAGCCCUAAGACAGCCCUGCUAAUCCAUCCAUAUAAUCCUUACAGGUCAACUCAGCAGCUGUCUGUUACUGCCCUAUUUGAAGUAAAGCCUUAUCUCAAUCAUGGAUUUCCUAGCCUAUACUCUACGUAGACCACAGCAUGUGAAAAAUCUAGACUUAACCAGCCUGGCCUGGAAAAAGUGACUUUUUUUUAUUAAAUGUAUAGAUCUUUGUUAAUUUAUUCAAUUACUUUUAAUCUAAAAUGUACAAAAAAACAACACAUUUUUUGAUAUUUUGAUUUUUAUAUCUCUGGAAUGUCUUGAUGGAACAACUACACAUGUGAUUAUGCAUUAAAAAUAACAAAGAUGUUUGCUUUAAAAUGUGUUUUUUAGCAUGAGACUGAAUGUUUCUGUUUGUGUAUGUAUGCGUAAUUGUGUCCCGUGAUUCACGUAACUAUUACUGUACAAGCAUGACUUCAUAUGUAAGUGGGUUAAGCACUGAAAUGACAGCAAAAAGAAACCUCAACUUGCCUUCUGGGUGAGUAUACAGUUCUGAAUCGGAGUUGCAGAUAAACAUCCUGUUAUGAGUCUUGGGAUACUCACAACCAGUAAAUACCAACCCGUCAUCAUGGAAGGAAAAACAAAACAAAACACACACACACACACAAAAUUGAACAAGAUUAUCUUCAUGAUCAAUAUCCUGUGAAUAAUUUUAUACACGUAUAUCUAUAUUUGAGUUUUGGUAUUAGGCAGUUGUCAGACAUUUCACCCACACUGUGUGACUCCACAGUUUUAGUAAGACAUAUAAAUAAAUUAAAACUCAAACAAAGAGAACAAAACAGACUUAAGAUGACUACUUUUAUUCACAAUGAACGCUGAUUCGUACAGCGCAGGCUUGUGAAUAAAACUGCAACCAUAUCUCUAUAUUAACAGAGCUAUACUUGCUAUACUCAAGAAUUAUUACAGGAUUUUCUAUCCAGUAUCCUUCUGUGGUUCUUUUACUACAACCUAAAAUAGUGUAGUUGUGGAAAAGGUUAAAAAAAAGUGCCAAUUUAUGCGAGUGAUGAUGAGGUAAUGGGGCUCUUGUAAACUGCUCUGGAGCUUUUUCUCCAUUUAAGAAAGUAAAUUAAAGAAGUGGUGGGUCAAGUAGGUGUCAUUAAUGGCUUUCAAAAUGACACAAUCGUGACACAGUCCUCGAAAUAUGGGGCGUAGAACUACUGUAAGUGGUGCAUGAACUAUUAAAGAAAGACUCCAGCUGUUGUCAUGACCUUCAAUUAAUUGAAAUUAAAUCUUCCUUUUUAUUCAGUGUUUAUUAUUUAAAACUUGAUUUUACCAGAAAGCCCCAUUAGAUUAAAACCUGUUGGGGGUUUUUUCAAAAUGACAAAAAAUUGUUAAAACAAAUAACAUGAAUGCACAUAAAGUAGAAAAUAAAUAAAUAAAUAAAUAAAUAAAUAAAUAAAGCAAGUCAGAGUCAACAAGUAACACAAGUCCUGCUUAUGAAUAGCAACUGCAGUCUUCUUCCACAGAAGUCGUUAUCUUAGGGCUAAACAUUCGGAUUUGGUGUACUCUUAAGGUUAAGUCACGAUCAAGUGCCAAAAUAGAAAACACUAUUCGGCCUAGACAGCGUUAACACACAUAAUAUGGGAGCUUUUUCUGCUUUUGGCCCCUUGAAACCCGAUUAUAAAGGACACAGAGAUGUGCACCGGUGUGAUGUGGGGGAUGAACUUUAUUUAUUGUUCUAAAGUCGGGCAUGGCA